AUGACAUACACUGCAAUAAAACUGCUGAAUGCAAGGCAAUAUGAGAUCAUCAAGAUUGGAUAUGAAGAUGACGGGCUAAUCGCAAAAUUUGGGAUCGAUGAGAGGGAAUGUGAUGAACGGAAGGAACUUCUCCUUGGCCCAGAUGAUAUCUACAUAAAGCCACUUGAAGAACUAACAGGAUGUUUUGUCAUCGUUAACUGGAACACCGAUACUGUUAUAGCUACGGGCUUGUUUGAAGGACUAAAGCUAGUCAGGAUGAUUGUGGAAGAGUGCAUCGUUUGUAAAAUUCCUGCUGUCGACAUUAUCAAUAAGAUUAGAACUCGGGGCGCUGGGGCUUUAUUAUGGUAAUAUCUUUCUUGUUUCUGAGGUGAUAUACGUAUAUGGACUCUUGAGGUCCAAAUCAGUUCAAUCUAUCAAAACGUCACACAAAAAAUUGUAAUUGAAGGAUCAAGGAUAAUAUCUUAAUGCAGUUUUAUCAAGGUCUAGUAAUACUAUCUCAGAUGUUGGAAAACGUCCUAAGUUUGAAUAUGAAUAAUAGAAAUUUUCCUUGCUUUAGUAUUUUAUGUGUGUGCACACCUGCAACAUUAUAUGGCAUUAGGGUUGUAUUUGAUCGAUCAAUCAUAAAUUAAAUGCAAUUUUACAUUUGGCUGCAAAGACCAGUUUUUGGUUUUUUGGGAAGAUGGAGACCAACUCCAACAUUUGGAAGGAAGUUUUUUGGCAGCAGCUGCUGCACUUUGAGACGAGAGGAAUUUGUUAGCUUGCUCUC